AUGGAGGUGGACUUUGGUUUAACAGAAUAUAUAAAAACUGGAGAGCCGGUUUCAACUCUUCUGAAAGAACUGUACAGCGACUUCAUCGUUCAAGAAAUAUUAGGUAAUCAGUAUUGAAUUUUGGAUACAACCAUCUUUCAGCCGACAAGACUGUCCUCCGCAUAGCUUCUCCAGAAGAAGUAAGAGGUCAACUCACGGUGGUACAAGACGUCAAACCAGAUGAAAGUGUUGAACUUCCGUCGAGCAUUUCCGAAGAAGUUUUGAAAAAUCUCAACGAGCUUGGUGUCAAUGGAGACUUGAAAGAAGUUAUCAUUCCUGUGGAGGUUUAAUGAAAAACUCUUUUUUGGAUGGCUAAGAGGGAGUUCAGGGAUUGGAAAAAGAAAGCCGAAAAGGAGUUCACGCGUUCAUCAGAGCGAGGUUCAGGGGAAAUCUCAACUCUGAAAUGAAAGAAAAUGGGAUCCGUGUGACCGUUUUCAGCAAGAAAGAUUUGUAAGCUUUGUUUAUUUAAAAAUGUUGUUUUUAUCCCCAAUUUUCAGAAAAAGGAAGCGUUGGGAUCCGAAUUUGCCGGAAGAAUGCCAUUUUACGUUGGCAAAGGAGAACAAAGAGACUUCUUACGCCUUGGGAAUCGUUUCGAAAUUCUUAAAGUGAACAAUUUUUUUCGCCAAGCCCCCUUUUAUGAGAAUAAUUUCAGUAUAACUCCAAAUUCUUUCCGAACGCAUGGGAUCAAAGACAAACGCGCUUUCACCGUCCAGAGAGUCAGUUGCAAAAGAUUGGAGAAGGUUGAUUUUUGGAAAACCCUGGCUGAAAACAUGAUAUUCCUGUUUCAGGCGAAACUUCUCGGUUUGAACCCGCGAAUUCGGGAUAUCCUCGUGUACGACGUCAGCUAUCACACGAAUCACGUUCAAAUGGGCGCUCACUGGGGAAAUCGCUUCAACAUCGUUCUGAGGUUCUUGGAUUCCUGUGAAAAUCUGACGUUUUGAAUCAGGAACAUUUCUCUUGACGCCGAAGAAGGACUGAGAAGCAAUUUGGAAUCGUUCGAGAAAAACGGCUUCAUCAACUACUUCGGUAAUUUUUUGAGAAAAAAAAAUUGGAAAGUUUAUUCAUUUUUUGAGGAACCCAGAGAUUUGGUUCUUUCGGGACGAGUACAGCUUCCAUUGGAAAACUGAUUUUGAAACGCGACUGGGAAGGCGCCGUCCGACAGAUUCUCCACAGGGGAUCUUUGCCAGGUUCUUUGUUUUCUCUUUUCUCUUUGAAGUCGCGGUAAAAGUCAUAGUGUCUCAUAGUGUUAACUUUUCUUAAUUUAUCUCGUCCUCGCUAGAUUGUCUUUAAAUAUCCUUGAAAUUCUGAAGCAUCCCUUUUUUUGUGAUCUAAUUUUGAUCGUGUGUGGGUUUUUCUUCAGCUUUCAUAAUUUAUUCAAAUUUGUGUCUUCCGGGCAAUAUCCCAGUAUGGUUCUUUGAAAAAAAUAUUUAAAAAAAUAUUGAAAAAAAUUCUGAAGUAUCUUUUUUUGUUGUCUGCAAAAUUUUUUUCUAAAAAAAUCCGUUUUUUUGAACUUUUUACUCUUGAACUCUGUGCGUAUGAAAAUUCGAAAAAAAGAAGUCAAAAAGAAAAUUUUUUUAAUUCCUGAUUUUUCGAAAUUAGCUCAAAAAAAGUCUCUGGGAUUCGCGUUUUGAAAAAUUCACCUGAUGAUUUUUGAUCGCAGUCUGGGAAAGCAAUUCAGUAAUUGUAUACGAACUUUCAAGUUUUCGGAGUUUUGAAGCACUUCUGGAACGCCUCAAUUGAACAAAAAAAACUUAAUUUGCGUGAUUUGUAUUAGAUUUUGUCGAUUUUCCAGUGUAUUUGACGACAGGAACGGUCGGCGACGCCCUAAAAUGCUGGGAAGAGACCGGCGACGCGAGCCAAGCUUUGAAGAAGCUGAAAGGAGCCCAGGCCUUCGCUUCCAUCGAGGGAGUCGUCUUCAAGUGUCUUGCUCGAGGCGGAACUUGGCAGAAAGUAGAACUCCAUUUUUCCUUGAUUCGAUCGAUAUUCGCUCUUUUCAGUGUAUCACCGAAGCCGUCCCCGUCAAUACGCGGAGUCUCUACGUCCACGCCUAUCAGAGCUUGCUGUGGAAUAGGGUAAUCCUUUCCUCAUAGUUCUUCAAUCCACUUCAAAAAAAUGAGAAUAGGUUCUCCAGGCAUUUUUUGAAAAAAAUAUAAAAAAAUUUUUCACUUCAUUUUAUGUUUGAUUAACAAAAUCCGAGCCGUAUUCACGAUUCUUGCUUUUUUUCGGUAAAUAGAACCAAGAUAGUUAUCAGUUAUAACCUUUCCUUACUAUUAGAGUCAAAUAAAAAAAGAUGAAAAAAAUCCAAGAAAAUCCGGACUUAAAAAAAAGUGUCAUGGCUUUUUAUUUUUUUCGCGAUGUUUACAAGCAAAAAAUCACUGAGUUUUGAAAGAACACAUUUUGAAACCACGACCUUUUUUUGUUUAAAAAUACUUUAUUGAGGCUUUAAAAGGCCAAAGUAGAAGGCGCUUUGCCGUUUUCAGUUUUAUUUCCGGAAAGCUUGUCAAAAAAACUCGAAACGGCAGAAAGAAUACCAAAAAAAGAGCCUGCCGCGAGUGAAUUGUAAAAAAAAAGUAGUUUACCAACUAUUUAGUGUUUUUUUUUUUGACAGAAUAUCAAUCAAGUAUAAUCGGAUUUUAAGUUUUCCAGGCAGCAUCAAGAAGGAUGCUCGAAAGAGGAAUCGCCGUGUCGACUGAAGAUUGCGGCGCCGAUGGAAAACCACUGAGCGAAGGAGCUUCUCAGUUCGAAAUCCACAUCCCGAUCCCCGGAGAAAACGCGUCUUUUGCACAGAAUUAUGGUUCAGAAACCCUUCUUUCCAGAAAAUUGAUCUUUCUAUUUCAAGUUUCAAAAUGGUACGAAGAGAUGAUGGCGGCGGACGGCGUCUCCAACGACAGUUUCACUACUUUGAAAGAGUUUCGCCUCGAAAAAAACUUCCUUCAGUAACUUUUCCGGUUUCCAGUCGCUUCUCUCUUGGCGAAUGCUCUAGACCGUUGUUCGUGCUUCCCGAAGACGUCAAAUUCGAAUUUAUUCGGCACUCCGGUCUUCGCGAUCAUCUCCAGGUCCGGAAGCCCCUCAUGAGUUCUCCUGGACCGUUCAGCUCCUUCAGGACACUAUAAACACUCGUUCAAUCCCGCUGGAACAACGAGUCGGAGACCUUCUGGCCCUGAAGGUCUGCUUCAAUCUGCCUUCUGGCGCCUACGCCACUGUCGCUCUUCGAGAAAUCACCAAGGCUGAUAUGGGAAAGGCCGCCAUGAAGGUUGGUUCGAAGGGGAGAGCACUCUCAAUUGUUCAAAAAAUUGGGGUAUAAUCGAAAGGAUCAAACUCGCGUUCUUCAGAGUCAUCCUAAAAAAAUUAUAAUUCUAAAAAAAUUAUAUAAGUUAUAAUCCAUUGAUCCCAAAAGGGGUCAUUAAAAUAUUAGUGGUCUAGUGACCUCUAUAGUGAACAUUAAGUUUCAUCCAUUGAUCCCAAAAGGGGUCAUUAAAAUAUUAGUGGUCUAGUGACCUCUAUAGUGAACAUUAAGUUUCAACCCCUUAAGUGACUACUAAUUUGACUAUUUUAGUGGCCACUAAAACGUCAAAACCCUAUAGAGCCCACUAAAAAUUUUCCCUGUAUUUUGAUGAACCAUCCGUAAUUGAAAACGAAGACGUGAAUGUUUUUAUUUUCGAAAAAAUAUCCAUUUUCUUAAAAGAAAGUUGGAUGAAAUCUAUACUAACACGUGUAAGGAGUGAAGUGUAGAACAAGUUAAAAUAGGCGGGGUCCGAGAAUCUGCGACGUUUGACCGAAGAGGCAAAGGAAAAGUUGGCCGAAGCUGUCGAUGUUAUCGACGAGGCGGCCGAAACCAAAGAAGAACUCGCCGAUGUCGCCGUCAAAGAGGAAAUGAGCGAGAAAUCAGCUCUGAAAGAGGAAGCCCCCGAAAGUUUCGCCCUAGAAGGUGGCCUUGAGGCCGAACUUUGA